CCAGAUCGAAGACGAGAGUGAUCGAUCACAGUCGCAGCGAAAAUGAAAGUGUUCGUUGCUGUUUUUCUGUGCAUCCUGAUUGUCCGGAACGUCCGUGCCCAGUAUAAGGAAUGCCGAAAUCCCAACCAGCGAACUGGACAAUGUGUUGAUAUCAGCUGGUGUCCGGCUCUAAUGAAGAGCAGAUCGACCAAUUCGGGAGUGCAUUUCAUUUUGGCCUCAUUUUGUGGAUAUGACAGAAAUAACCAGGCCCUUUUCUGCUGUACUUGGGAUUCAGAUUACGAUGGCGAAGCUUCUAAUGUACUUCCUCUGCAGGAUACCUGUGGAGGUGACAUCGUGAAUUUAAACAUCCUGAGUGGCAAAAAAACAGUUAUCAGUGAAUUUUCCUGGAUGGCACUCUUAUAUUACCGUCCGCUAAAUGGAGGAAAUCUGGUACACAAGUGUGCGGGAUCGCUGAUUAAUCAUCGAUACGUCUUAACAGCAGCCCACUGUGUAACUGGAAGAUAUAUUUUAGGAAUCGGAAGACUUGUAUCUGUGAAAUUGGGCGUGCAUGACACUCGUACCGCAAAAGAUAGUAUAUCGAUGGCCAUCGAGGAGAUCCACGUUCACGAAAAUUAUACCGACGGAUAUAAUUUCUUAAACGACAUUGCCCUUAUCCGAUUGGAGAGUAAGGUUGACUAUUCGGCCACAAUUCGACCUAUUUGUCUGCCCUCCACUGUGGGCAAUAUGGGAAUGAGUAUGCGAGACGGUCAGCUGCUGUAUGUGUCAGGAUGGGGUCGCACUCUGAAUGGUCAAUCAAGUCCCACGAAACUUAAAGUGGAGGUCGGAUAUUGGAAUAACAUAAGAUGUAAGGCUAGAUAUUUUGAGCAACACAUCGCCCUGAAAGAUAGUCAGAUUUGCGCCGGAGGACAAAAGCAUGCAGAUAGCUGCGAAGGGGAUUCCGGCGGUCCAUUGAUGUCUUACCAUCAAGGUGUUUGGGUCCUUCAGGGAAUUGUGUCCUUUGGCUACAACUGCGGCUUGGCUAAUUGGCCGGGUGUCUACACAAAAGUGGCUUCUUACGACUAUUGGAUCAAAGAAAAAAUGAGGCCUUAGGAGUUAGUCAAAGAAUAACACUUUCCAUUCAUAUGUAUUAAUAGUAUUAAUAUUUCUUAACCACAAAAAGAACGGAAAGUUUUAGGUACUGCUUUGUAUAUAUUCUACACAUUUAUGUAC